AUGUAUGAGUGUCACGAUGCCCUGACUAGUGGGCAUCGCGGUAGAAAAAAGGCGUACCUCACGGAGAGUCGCGCCUUCUACUGGUCUCUCCAGUAUGAGUUUGUGCGCAAAUGCAUUCGCGCUUACGAAGUUUUUCAACGGGUGAAGCCUAGUCCUCCAUCCCGUGCACCCUUGCAGCCUCUACCGAUUUCAGCAGAGUGUUGGCAGUCCGUAUCAAUGGACUUCGUCUUUGGGUUUCCCAAAGACGUUCACGAGAAUACUGUUAUUCUUGUGUUUGUUGAUCGGUUCAGCAAUAUGGUGCGUCUUGUUGCUGUACCGGAGUCCAUCACAGCCAAGGGCUGUGCUCGUGUCUUCAUCGAUACUACGUCCCGACUUGACGGGUUACCCCGUAUACUCGUGUCUGAAAGGGGCCCACGCUUCAGAGCGGAGUUCUGGCAAUCCGUGUUCCGUUUACUUGAAACACGUUUGAAAAUGUCGAUUUCUGACCAUCCAGAAACAGAUGGUCAGACGGAAAUCGUCAACCGCGUUCCCGAAGAGAUACUUCGAGGGUACUUCCACUCAUUUGCGUGUUGGGGUGAGCUCUUGCCGAUGGCGGAAUUUGCCAUCAAUUUCUCGGUGCAUGCGUCAACAACACAUACUCCGUUGUUCGGGACUGGCCUACGCCAUCCACGUUUACUCGUCUUCUUAGAGUGUGACUCUAGAUUAAGGGGGGAUGGACUCGCUCGAACGAAACCCGAUCUGGUUCUUGCUCAUCACCCGUCGGCAAUGGUGUCGACGUGA